CAAGGUAUGGGUAGGAUUACUUGCACGUACUCUGCCGUGGACUGGGAUGGACGGACAACCAGCCGAAUACUUCAACUGGAAAUUCGACGAGCCAAACGGGGGGAUUGAUGAGCUGUGUGCCACGAUGGCGUAUGAUGGAGAAUGGCAGGAUCUCACCUGCUCAUCGCAUAGACAGUCAGUCUGCUCUGAUGGAAGCCAUUACUACAUUACAGAGACUGAAAUGACUUGGAUGGACGCUGUGGCCAACUGUGAGGCCAAAAAUUCAUCUCUGGUCCAAAUCCAGAACAGCACCAUGAAUAAUGAGAUCAUGAAUCUGCUGUCCAGUGCAACAGAGGUGUGGAUCGGCUUGAACACUUCUGUAGACUGGUACUGGGCAGACACUGGAAAAUCUGCCACAUUCCUAAACUGGCAAGAGGGACAACCUGACAACCUGAGUGGAAAUGAAAGUUGUGCAGCCAUGGAGACGGAGAAUGGGACCUGGACAGAUGAGCAUGUGACGAGUUGUACUAUUUCUUCUGCAAAGAACAAGUUUACAGGGGGAGUAGGUAGCACAGCAGUCGAGACCAAAGUCCAGAAGUCAAAGCAAACUGUGGUGAAGCUGAAGAUCCAGACCAGAGUGAACAUGGAGGAUCCAGCAGCCAGUGCCAUCCUGGAGGAGCAGUGGAUUCAGCAGAAAGGCAACCAGGAGAACAACAGGACUCGCAGCCAUCAUGUGAAUGAAGAAGUAAAGCAGAAAACCUUCUUCCGUUCAGUUCAUUUCCUCUUUCUGUCAUUGCGUCAAACAGUCAUUUCUAUGAUGGACCCUCGAUACAUAGUUUAG